GCUGCUGUUGUCUGUAUCGCUUUCAUUCGCCCGGGGUGAGAUCAACUGCUACAAGUGCUCGUCCCGAAACGGUACGAACCCGGCCUGCCACGACCCAUUCUCCCCGGCCAUGUCCACGUACGUGCGCGCCUGCAAGGUGCCGAAGCAGAAGCACGUGGGCGAGUUCCCAGCCAACUUCUGCGUAAAGCUGACCGGCACGUCAACGCGGACCGGGGAGGUCCUCGUCAUUCGCAACUGCGUGCUGAAGAACAUGGAGUCGCAGUGUGGGGCUUUCAAGUUCGCCAACGAGACUCUCCAUGGCUGUGUGCUGACCUGCAACUACGAUGGCUGCAACGGCGCCACCUCACGGACCGUUUGCGCACUUACGCUUCUGCUUACGCUCGCCGCAGCGCUCUGGGGCGUCGGGUGAAGUCCGGAUAAUCUGACCGUGUG